AUGCUUCCCUGGUCAAAUAAAGCAGGUUCUUCGUCAUCAGCUUCUACCUCCAUUCGACGCGAUGAGAACAUUGCAAACACCCAUCAGUAUCGUCCCACCGGUGAAGCAGAAUCAGCACGUUUUCGAUCGUCCCUUGCUACUCAAGAUCAGUCUGACAGUACUGGUUUUGACACAUUUAUACAAUCAUCGUCGUCGUCACCUUCAGCAUCAUCAUCUUCUUUUCAACCUAUACGCGAACCAUCUAUCAUCCAUCAUCCACCUCCAGCACCACCUGUUGCCACUGAUGGCGCUGAGGUGCUUGGUUUUCUGAGUUCUGCAGAGUAUACGGAUGCCAUCCAUGGCGAUGAUUUGGCACAAGAAUCCCAGACCUAUCAAUCUCAUCGACAUCAAGCGGAUCAUGAGCAUAGUGUUGCUGAACAUCGCCGCCGCCAUCAAUGGACCGAGCUUUUGGCUGCAGAGGAUAUCGUUGCUUAUUUACAGGAAUUGAAAUACACGGAUGAUAUUUAUGGAGCACCACCGGCGAUUGAAUCUCUCAUCAAGGAAGCUCAGCAAGAAAUCAUGGAUCAACCACAAACACCAGCAGCAGCAGCAUCCAACCAUACUGCAGUAUCACGAUUGGCUAUGGUACGCGAUCACUUAUUAGGUCAUGCACAUGGUCAAGUGGAAGCAGCAGCAAAACAUGCCCAUCAAAUGAAACAGGAUGAUUGGGAUCAAAUCUUUUCAAAAGGCGGCUCAUUGUAA